CUGAUGAAGAUCACAGAGAACUUCCUGAGGAGAAUGAAGCAGGAGGAGCUGGCUGAUCGACUGCAGAGCAGUAAGAGGAUUUCUCUGAAGAAGAAGUUCCAGUGUGUGUUUGAGGGAAUCACUAAAGCAGGAAACCCAACCCUUCUGAAUGAGAUCUACACAGAGCUCUACAUCACAGAGGGAGGAACUGGAGAGCUGAAUGAAGAACAUGAGGUCAGACAGAUUGAAGCAGCAUCCAGGAAAGCAGACAGAGCAGAAACCAGCAUCAGACAAGAAGAGCUCUUUCAACUCCCAGCUGGAAGACAAGAACCAAUCAGAACCGUGAUGACAAAGGGAGUGGCUGGCAUCGGGAAAACAGUCUUAACACAGAAGUUCACUCUGGACUGGGCUGAAGGCAAAGCCAACCAGAACAUCCACUUCACAUUUCCAUUCACUUUCAGAGAGCUGAAUGUGCUGAAAGAGGAGAAGUUCAGCUUGGUGGAACUUGUUCAUCACUUCUUCCCUGAAACCAAAGAAGCAGGAAUCUGCAGCUUUGAAGACUUCCAGGUCAUCUUCAUCUUUGAUGGUCUGGAUGAGUGUCGACUUCCUCUGGACUUCCACAAGACUCGGAUCCUAAAUGACCCUAGAAAGUCCACCUCAGUGGGUGAUCUGCUGACAAACCUCAUCAGGGGGAACCUGCUUCCCUCUGCUCGCCUCUGGAUAACCACACGACCUGCAGCAGCCAAUCAGAUCCCUGCUGAGUGUGUUGACAUGGUGACAGAGGUCAGAGGGUUCAAUGAUCCACAGAAGGAGGAGUACUUCAGGAAGAGAUUCAGAGAUGAAGAGCAGGCCAGCAGGAUCAUCUCCCACAUCAAGAGAUCCCGAAGCCUCCACAUCAUGUGCCACAUCCCAGUCUUCUGCUGGAUCACUGCUACAGUUCUGGAGGAUCUGCUGAAGAGCAGAGAGGGAGGAGAGCUGCCCAAGAGCCUGACUGAGAUGUACAUCCACUUCCUGGUGGUUCAGGCCAAAGUCAAGAAGGUCAAGUAUGAUGGAGGAGCUGAGACAGAUCCUCACUGGAGUCCAGAGAGCAGGAAGAUGAUGGAGUCUCUGGGAAAACUGGCUUUUGAGCAGCUGCAGAAAGGAAACCUGAUCUUCUAUGAAUCCGACCUGACAGAGUGUGGCAUCGAUAUCAGAGCAGCCUCAGUGUACUCAGGAGUGUUCACACAGAUCUUUAGAGAGGAGAGAGGCCUGUACCAGGACAAGGUGUUCUGCUUCAUCCAUCUGAGUGUUCAGGAGUUUCUGGCUGCUCUUCAUGUCCACCUGACCUUCAUCAACUCUGGAACCAACCUCAUGAAACAAAAGAGGAAAUCCAAGAUCUUUAAACUAAAACAAAGUAUUUCUUUCAAGAGUGCUGUGAAUGCAGCCUUACAGAGUGCAAACGGACACCUGGACUUGUUCCUCCGCUUCCUCCUGGGUCUUUCACUGCAGACCAAUAAGAGUCUCCUACAAGGCCUGCUGACUCAGACAGGAAGUAGCUCACAGACCAAUCAGAGUCUUCUAUGUGGUCUGCUGACUCAGACAGGAAGUAGCUCACAGACCAAUCAGGAAACAGUUCAGUUCAUCAAGGAGAAGAUCAGUGAGAAUCUGUCUGCAGAGAAAAGCAUCAACCUGUUCCACUGUCUGAAUGAACUGAAUGAUGGUUCUCUAGUGAAGGGGAUCCAACAGUUCCUGAGGUCAGGACGUCUCUCCACAGAUAAACUGUCUCCUGCUCAGUGGUCUGCUCUGGUCUUCAUCUUACUGUCAUCAGAAGAAGAUCUAGAAGAGUUUGACCUGCAGAAAUACUCUCGUUCAGAGGAGGCUCUUCUGAGGCUGCUGCCAGUGAUCAAAGCCUCCAACAAAUCUCUACUGGAUCACUGUGAUCUGUCAGAGAGAAGCUGUGCAGCUCUGUCUUCAGUUCUCAGCUCUCAGUCCUCCAGACUCAGAGAUCUGGAUCUGAGUCUCAACAACGUGCAGGAUUCAGGAGUGAAUCUUCUGUCUGCUGGAUUGGCGAGUCCACACUGUAAACUGGAGAGUCUCAGGUUGAGAGGCUGCAGUUUGUCAGAGAUCAGCUGUAAAAUUCUGGGCGCAGUUCUAAAGAACAACCCGUCCAGAGUGACAGAACUGGACCUGAGCUUGAACAACAUUCAGGAUUCAGGAUUUCUUCAUCUGCGUGGUUUUCUGGAGAGUCCAGACUGCAGACUGCAGACUCUGAGGUUGAAGUAUUGCAGUUUGUCAGAGAUCAGCUGUGAAGAACUGGGUUUGGUUCUGAAAAUCAACCCGUCCAGACUGACAGAUCUGGACCUGAGCUACAACAACAUCCAGGAUUCAGGAUUUCUUCAUCUGCGUGGUUUUCUGGAGAGUCCAGACUGCAGACUGCAGACUCUGAGGUUGGAGAACUGCAGUUUGUCAAAGAUCAGCUGUGCUGCUCUGGUCACAACUCUGAAUUUAAACCCGUCCCACCUGAAAGAACUGGACCUGAGGAUGAACAGCCUUCAGUCUUCAGAUGUUCAGCAGCUCCAGGAUCUGGUGGAGAGUCCAAACUUCAAACUGCAGACUCUGAGGUGGAGGUUAGUCUGAGGUUCCUCCUUUUGGAUCAGAGAACAUCAUCAUCAUCAGCUGGUCUGCAGAGAUGUUGUUCCUGGAGGUGGAGAGCAGAGUGAUGGAGGAAUCAGAGGAAGUGGAGAUGAUUGUCAGAGCUGCAGCAUUAACUGAUCUGAGAUCAGCUCCACUGUCUCUCUCAGCAUCAAGUGUACAGUUAUUGUGCUGCAGCUCCCCCGGUGGACUGAUGGAGAUCUGCACUUCAUCUUCUCAUUCUGACUUGGAGUGUUGGGAAGUCUUCUGUUUCUCUUCUCUCUUGUAUUGGGAGCUUCUCUUAACUUUGUCCACACACUCUUGCUGUAGUUUUCUCCUCAUGUGUCCUGAAACUGUUUCUCUGAAUGAUCUGUGUUGGUGAUUCAUCAGAUUCAGACAUGAUGGUUUCCUGCAGAAGCUCACAAGUCUUUUCUGGUGUUUCUUGGACUCCUGCACGUCUCUGUACCACAGAGUGGACCAGCAUUCUCUGAACAUCCUUCAGCUGGUCCAGAAAGCAGCAGCAUGGCUGUUGACCAAAGAAAGAAAACCUUCCAGCAGUUCUGGCCUCAGGAUUCUCCAUCUGGGAGCAUUUUGGUUCUUCUUUUUCAUCUUUAUCAGACCUUUCAGAACCACAAAGUGGACUGAGUUCCUCUGAUCAAAGGCUGCUGGGUUUUGGAUUUUGUUCAUUAUUUUACAGGAUUUUGUUCUAUUGUAACCAUGGUAACUGUGGGAACCGCACUCUUGUUUACUCUGAGUCCUGAAGCAGAAAUCCCACCAGAACUAACAAAAGUCUCUCAGUUGAAUCAUUUUAUAUCAUCUCUGUUCUGUUGAUGAUAAAAUAUUGACUCAUGCAGUUUGAAAGACUCAGAAUUUUAGUUUGAUGUUUUUUACAGUUUAAUGAUUGAACUUCUUUUUUCUUUGGCGUUUUCUGGGUAAAACUCUGUUCUUUUUCAUGAUGACAGCAUUUUAGCUUCAGUUUUUAAAGAAGUUUCAUCUAAAUCCAGUAGAAUCUGAUCAUUUUCUAGAAAGUCUGAAACUAGUAGAAACUUUCUGAGCAUAAAGCCUGUUUUCUCCAGAGGACAUGAAUGAACAGAGUGGAUGUUAGUGAGGAAUGACAGAGAAUCACUUUGAUGCAGCUGCUGCAACAACACUAACUGCAUUGAAGCAGGAGGGAGAAGGGGGACACCUGCUGGCUGUUUCCAGAACUGCAUCUUAGUGUCUACAGGUUCAAACUGAAAGCUGUCUGUCAAAUUCCUGCAGCCUGUUUGGAUCUAAUAAAUGCUCUUUUGAAUCAA